UCUCCAACAGUACAAGUUUAGCUGGAGAGCGCCUUCUUUUGACCGUCCUUACCCCGACCCUCCCAUCCCAAGACAACCAUGAGUGCAUCUGGGCUUGCCAUUUCGAAUGCGUCUGCUGGCGGCGGCAACCCGAACAGUGUGGCUGGCUCGUCGCCUCCGAAUCUUGGCUCAAUGUCACCGAGCCGUGCUCAAGCUCAAGCUCAAGCUCAAGCUCAAGCUCAAGCUCAAGCUCAAGCUCAAGCCCAAGCCCAAGCCCAGGCUCAAGCUCAGCUGCAGGCCUACCAAAUGCCACCCAGCGCAAUGGUGCCUGCGCUGUCCCUUCCGCAAGCGCCGAUUCCCACCGCGACAAUGCCGUCGAGCACAGCGUCGUCAUUGCAGACGCAGCAGUCGAUGGACGGCAACCAGGUGCUUGGCGCGACAACGCACGUCAGCUUUGUCUGCCAGAAGUGCUCGCUGCCGCUCAAGCUGGACGCGUCGCUGGCGGACAUGGACCAGGAGACGUGCGCCAGAAUGGCCCAACAGCUGCUGCAACCGCCGUCUCAAGGAGACGCUGCUGAUGGCGAUGGACGACGAGCCAGCCUGACUCCAGGCGUCGGGGCAUCGCAGGGACCCGCGACUGGCGGUAGCAGCACGCUGACACCUUCGUCGUCGUUUGCAGCAGUCGACCUUGCAACGAGUGGCAGCUCUACCCCCACCAACAAGAAGAACAGCAGCCUCAAGUACAGAAUCCGAGCAGCGAGCAGCUUGUUUGACUUGAUGUCGAGCAUGGGCGAAGUCGACCACCCACUCUGCAAGGAGUGCAGCGACCAACUCGUCGAAAGCCUCGAAGAUGACUUGCUGGAUGCAGAGCAAGAGCUCAACUACUACCGCGAGUUCUUGGCACGGUCGCAGGAGGAAGAUGCCGAUCCGCGUGACAGCGCACUCGAGCGUGAGGAGCUUCAAAAGCUGCGCUUUGAAGAAGCGGGUCUGCAACAGCGAGUCUUCCAGCUGGAGACGGAUCGAGAGAUUGCCAGUCAGGAACUCGCCUCUCUGACUGUGCAGCAAGCUGAAGUUGAUCGCGACAGCGAAGUCUAUUGGAAAGAGUACAGCGAGUUCCAGCGGCAACUCCGCGAGUUUCUCGAGGAGCAUGAUUGUAUCGAGAUGCGUUUGCAAAAUGCGUCAGCCUCGCUGAGCCGAUUGAACAAGACCAACAUCUACAACGAUACGUUCCACAUCUGGUUUGAAGGGCAUUUUGGCACGAUUAAUGGUUUCCGGCUCGGGCGCCUGCAAAACAGCCCGGUCGACUGGGCUGAAAUCAAUGCGGCGUGGGGCCAAACCGCUCUGCUUCUUCAAAGCAUGGCUGAACGUCUCAAGUUUACAUUCAACAAGUACCGAAUUGUUCCGCUUGGGAGCUACACUCGGAUUGAAAACGUUGAAGAUGAAACGCGCUUUGAGCUGUACUCGACCGGAGCCUCAAAGCUGUUCAACUUUGGCCAGUCCAGCUUUGACAGCGCCAUGAUUGCGUUUUUGGACUGCUUGCAACAAUUGACGCUUCAUGUCGAGAGUCGAGAUCCUCAGUUCCAUCUGCCAUAUCCUGUCGUCAAAGACAAGAUUGGAGAGCAGUCCAUCAGGUUUGUCAACUCCAAGCUGGAAACGUGGACGAAGGCACUGAAGAACUUGUUGACGGAUUUGAAAUGGUGCUUGGCUUGGGUGAGCAAGAUGAUCCCCCAAUAAGCUCAGUGGUGUUGAAACAUCUCUUUGUGUUAAUACUAUACUUUUUUUUAAACAACGAA